AUGUCGGUGAAAAUAACAACAAACGUUCCUAUUGUUCUAGCAGCAUGGGUGACCUCCAUUGUAAUUGGCGUUAACUUGUUUCUUGGUCCUGCCAUGGGUGCCUUCGUCAACAGAUUUGGGUUUCGAAUUGCUACCACGUUAGAAUGCUUGUCGUGUUCCGUCGGCCUCGCUUUGGGUUCCUUUGCUCCAUUUAUCAUCAUCACCUACAUUUCUUUUAGUUUUCCUUUUGCUUUGGGCGAAUCUUUGAUUCUCGUUUCAUCAGCGAUUAUUACCAAUGCCCACUUCGAUGAAAGAAAAUCCGUGGCUCUUGAGAUUGUAACUACAGGACAAGGAUUGAGGACGAUGAUUCUUGGUCCCACUCUCCAAGCGUUAGUGGAUGCUCUUGACUGGAGGAACACGUUCCGUAUCUUUGCUGGACUAUUAAUCCUUGCAUCUCUGACUGGGUUAAUCGCUGACAGAUUCGGUAACUGCAAUGUCGCGUUUCUCAUGGCUGGUGGAGUUGGAAUUUUAGGAUCACUCAUUCCAUUUCUUCUUGUUUGCUUGGCACGAGAAUCAGAUCAUCAAAGUGACGACGCAAUGGCUGAUGCAGUGAAUGAGGAUGCCUCCUGCAACAAAGCGGGGACAGGAUUCGAAAAUGAACUCAUAGCCGACCCGUGA